AAACUGAUUAGGUCAUAUAAAGUUCCUUAACUUCUACUAAAAUGUGGUGGCUAUGUCGGUUGCACAUUUUCCAUCAAAGUUUUGAACAAUUUUACAUCUUUCACUUCAAUCAUUUUCAUAGAAAAAAAAAAAGAAAAAGACCAAAAUCAAAAUCAACAACUAUCUAGAGUUUUACAUCUGAGUGUCAAUUGUGAAUGACGGAAAAUAAUAAUAAUAAGACCAAAAACGGUGUGUGUGCCACAUAAGAACACAACAACGACAAAUAACACUGCCUAGUUGCUGUUUCUGUUUGUGUUUUUUUUCCGACUCGGUCCCUCGAACCCGAAAGACCCGUUCAUACUACAAACCCAGUUUUAAGUUUCCACCCAAAAUGGUUUCAAUUGAGUUUACUUGAAUUCAGUCUUCCAUUAUCAGACAAAACAAAACUCUCGCUUCAUAAAACAUAUUGGGAUUUCAUCAUAAUUCACACAAUUUGAACUUUUUUUCCGAUCAAACUACAGAAUUGGAACUCCAAUGAUUCAACCUUAAUUGAAGUUCAUUAACCACUUGAGGUCGAUCAUUCCUUACUCUGAAGUUAGAUUAUACGACAGCAACAACCAAGCCUUAUCGCAAUAGUGCGGUUUGAAUCAGGUGGCAAUGAAUUGUUUCCCAUUCAACAUCUACUAUGGAGAAAAGAAGGGUGAUGAUAAGGGCAUGCAGACACUAUCGGGUCUGUCGAACAACUCUACUUAUGGUGGGAGUGACAUGAGAAGAACUGGCUCUGAAUUAAAUUCUCUAGAUGCCUCAUCAGGCAACAGCUCUGACUCCCUCAGGAGGAAUGCGUUUCCCAAUUUGUCCCAAAGACCAAGCAACCUGAGAGUGUUUACUGUAUCUGAACUGAAAUCAGCCACCAAGAAUUUCGGUCGUUCAGUUAUGCUUGGUGAGGGUGGAUUUGGGUGUGUCUACAAGGGAUUGAUCAAGAGUUUAGAUGAUCCCCCUACUAAAAUUGAAGUCGCGGUUAAACAACUUGGUAAAAGAGGAAUUCAGGGCCAUAAAGAAUGGGUAACUGAAGUGAAUGUUCUUGGUAUUGUUGAGCAUCCCAAUCUUGUGAAACUAGUGGGCUAUUGUGCUGAUGAUGAUGAAAGGGGAAUCCAGCGGCUUUUAAUAUAUCAAUAUAUGCCCAAUGGAAGCGUGGAACACCAUUUAUCCCCACGAUCGGAAACUCCUCUCCCAUGGAGUAGGAGACUGAAAAUAGCCCAGGACGCUGCUCGUGGCUUAACAUACCUGCACGAGGAAAUGGAUUUUCAGAUAAUUUUCAGAGAUUUCAAAUCUUCAAAUAUCCUUCUGGACGAGCAGUGGAAUGCAAAGCUGUCAGACUUUGGAUUAGCAAGAUUGGGACCAUCUGAUGGGUUAACUCAUGUCUCAACAGCGGUUGUAGGAACAAUGGGCUAUGCUGCUCCUGAAUAUAUUCAGACAGGACGACUCACUUCAAAGAUUGAUGUAUGGAGCUACGGUGUCUUCCUUUAUGAACUCAUUACUGGGAGGCGUCCUUUAGAUCGAAAUCGCCCCAAGGGUGAGCAGAAGUUGUUGGACUGGAUAAGACCAUACCUUUCAGAUGUGAAGAAAUUUCAAAUAAUAUUGGAUCCAAGACUUGAGAGGAAACACUUCUCAAAGUCAGCCCAAAAACUUGCUUUAGUGGCUAACAGAUGCUUGGUCAGAAACCCAAAGAAUCGCCCUAAAAUGAGCGAAGUAUUAGAAAUGGUUAAUCAGAUUGUGGAGUCUUCGGCGAGUACUAUUCCACAACCAUCCAUGAAUAGCGUAGCCUCAGCCGAUGAUUCUCAAAACACUGAAAUCAAGAACAAAAAGAGGAUCAUGGAUCCAAAACCAGAUUGUAAUUGGUUUAGGUCCUGGAGACCAAAGCUUUUAAGAACAUGCUGAUUGUUACAGAUUUAAAUGAAUCAGAGCUAUGAAUUGCAUGCAGAGUUUCUUUUAUACAAAAGUUAUCCAUCUAUAUUUACCAUAUAUGUAGCAUAGACACAUCAUAUUGAAGACAUGUUCACUGUCUGACACAAAGACGACAUUGACACAUUGACACACGUGGUUACACUUAAUCACCUCUAUUUUCUCAAA